GUUAUGGUUAUAUGUGUGUGCGCGGGUCUUGACAGGCAGCACACACACACGAUACUAGAGAUCACUUUCGUCUGAUUGGCUGUCUCUCUACAAAGGGAGCCGCUAGUCUUCUGCCCACCCACUGUUUAUAGCUCUACUCGGUCAGAAUUUCCUUCCUUCCACUGAAAGUAGGCUAUUCAUCCAGAGCACCAGGUCUCACCAUGGCAGCUAAUGAUUACCGAGGCUACCUGAGGAACCACUCCGACACGGAGAGCGCUCAGCCCCGCUACCACUCGUCCCAUGGCUCGGAACCCACCUAUAGACCGCUUAUAUUCGGAACUCUUGCUAUUAUGGGAUUUCUGCAGAUUGCAUCGAGUGUGGCGAUCUUGUUACACUUGACAGGUUAUCUCCAAGAGGUAGACAUCUCCUCUGCCCCACAGCAGCCAAUAGAGGAAGUGCAGACAGAACCGAUCAUUGCUGAUGCCCUGAGGGACCCGAGAAAAGGCAGACAACGCUGCAAAAACCAGGGGAGGGAGGGGCUUCCAUCAGCUCAUCUACCAAUCAAAGUGACCAUCGACUACGUGAAGAGUAAGCUCAUAGAAGUAGCCAACAAGGGGGAGCUGAGAGCAGCUAUGAUCCAUUGGGACGAGGCGCAGGGCCACCUGAAGAAGAUGCGUUACCAUGACGGCCGUCUCCUGGUGGACGAGUCAGGCCUGUACUACGUCUACGCCAAGACCUGUUUCCGCUACUACGACCUGGAACCUGAGAUGGAGCCCAGCGACGCCCCUGGACACACCCUCGCCACACCCCAGACCGUGGACGUAAACAACGCCCAGCUCAUCCAGUACAUCUCCCAGGAGAAACACACGUCCUCGCCCAGCAAGUCUGUGGUGCUGAUGAAGACAGGCAGCACCAUGCGCUGGAAUAACUCUCAGUAUAACAUGUACUGUGCCCAGCAGGGCAGGGGGGUGAUGCUACAGCAAGGGGACGGACUGUUUGUUAAUGUGUCCAACGCCUGGAUGCUGGACCCUGAACCGGAGGGGACGUACUUUGGGGCGAUCAAGAUGGGGGACUGAACCCACAUACAGAGAAGGAGGAUGUGCUACUGGACGUUCUGCAGGCGUAACUGCCAAACAACCACAGAGAGACAGAGCACUUACUGCAUGUGAGAUUACUGAAUUUGUAAUUGAUUUGUUUUUGUAUUGAAAAGGUAUGGGCUAUGUUGCUCUUCACCAGAUAGCCUUCUUACCUGAUAGAGAAUGAUGAUAGGCAGUUAUUUAGAUGAGGUGUUAUGGAUACCUCUGGUCACUCACUAGGCCUCAACAAACCACAAUACGCCGUGCCCACAUACUUUAGACAAGACAACCAUUUUCCUUGUGGUCCAAAACGACACUGGAUGCUUUUUAGAACUGUAACAUUUUAUACAGCUGAUAGUUAUCAACCACUUAAGAUUGUUGAUAUUUGUAAUUCCAGGGAGCGCUUUUGAAAAUGUUUGUACAAUGUUUUUUUUUUCAAGCAUAGUAGUAUGAAUCCUAUUGAAAAUGUUUGUUUAUCAGCUAACGACACAGUCAUUCCUCAUCCCUAGCCUGGCCCCUCAUAGUUUACUAAACAUUGUCAUCGUCUUGAACAGAAGCACAGCUGGGGUACUUUGUUUCUAACGGAGUAGAGUUUUCACCAAUCAUGCUCCUCUGUCUCUCUUGGGAAAGGAUGAAGUAGAGGUUAGAGGGUGAAUAGGAUGUGAUUCAGUAGUGAACACAGUACCACUGUCUGUUCAGGCAACAUUUAACAUUACAUAAUGUGCUGUGUAAGAACAGUGAUAUAAAACUGUUAAUUUUUGUUUUCCAAGAAAAUGGAGUACAGAAGUGGUAGCUAAUGGCUCCAUCACUACAUUGACUUCGUUUAUCCAGGAGAGACUUGGUGUCAUCCCUCAACCCAGUAACUGAGGGGAACAUAGUUGUGGUUUGGAUCAAAUGUUUGUUUUCUUAUUUUGAUUUGUUUUUCCCCAAACUAUAGUAUUGAACUCUCCUUGCCCUGUCUUUGGUAGUUUAUACGAGUAAUGAUAAUCACAAACAACUGAUGUAAUGACGCAAACUGAAGAUAGCUGGCCUGUCUUACCGUAGGGGACGAGAGCAAAGAUUCUUGUCUUUAUGAAACUAGCGGAUCCAGAUUGACUUUGGUCCACCUUUAAUUUAUAGUUUCUUUUUUCAUUUUACUCUUCGAGAAGGUAAAUGGGAAUAUGCACUAAAUGUAUUUAUUUGACAUAAAAAUGCAGAUAUGUACCAUUGGUUAAAUGAUCUGUCUGCUGUAAAAGCAUGUAUAUUUGAUGUCUGUAUUACAGUAGGCCGUACUUAGUUUAUCAGUAGAUGCGCUUUUUUUGUUCAAACACAGGGGCUCAAUGUUGAAAUCUGUAUUUAUGUCUUUUUUAUUUAGACAAUUCUGUGUGCACUUGCCUAGCCGAAGCAGAAUAUACUGUCCAUCAUAAGGUUGUAGCAAACUUUUAAAUCUUCAUCUUGUUAAAAAAAAAAAAAAAAAAAAAAAAGAUGUUUAUUUAUGUCAGUUUAACUAAUAAAAUCAUUACUUUUCUAUAUA